UCCCCCCCAACUGUGUGAAGAAAAUGGAGGGAGCAAGAGAGAGGUUUAAAGUGCGCGCUAUGAUGCGCAGGGUAAGAGAUGACGCACUCACACAUAGCGCCAAGGUUUGAAACGACACCCGUAUCUCACCGUUUUUGCCUUCAUUUUCACGUCAGAAAAGCUAAAGUGAACAGAGUGCGCCAAAUAGCGGCUGCUGUUACUUGCUCUAUUGUAUUUAUAUAUUAUAAAAUAGUCUUGAACUCCGAAAAAGAGACUCGGAAUUAAAAGCCAUUGGAUUUGAAGCCCUCUCUCUACUUUAUCUCUCUAGAAUUUGUAGAGGAGGAAACAGUGAUUCAGUAAAGGAAGGGGGUAAGGAGAAAAAAAGCUUCUUUUCACUCUUUAUAUCUUUGCCGAUGAAAAAGCAUGGGUUUUCUUGACUUCAACCCUCACUUCUCUUAGCCAAAAAGACUCCAACUUUACUCCUUUCUCAAGAAUCUAAAGCAAACCCUUGAUUUCCCUGUUUCUUUUCUCUACAGUUAAGGGUUUAUUGGAAUCAAAUUCUCCGUGUGAAAAUUGCAAGAUAAUCUUCUGAUUAAUUGUAUGAUUUUUCAAAAUCACGGUCAUUGUUUGAGUGUGAUCCAUGUCGUCCGAUAUUAGCUAGACCUGUAUUGCAAAGUUCACAUCUUCAUCAGGCUUGAUUUUUUAGAGAGAUUGAAUUCAAUUUUACUAAGAUUCAUGGCUAAAUACAGUGAAUGUUGCUCUUUUGAAAUCUUGUUUUUUUAUCUUGAAAGUUUGGAGUUUAGUGUUGUUUGAAUUUGUGAGUUUUUUAGGUUUUUUUUUGUUGUUAAAUUGGGUGUUAGUGAGUGAAAAGAGGGUGGUGUAUGAGUGAGGGAAUGGGUAGAGAUCGCCUGCUUUUGGCUACAGUAGGACCACCGAUAAAAGCAAGAGCUGGGUUAAGGAGAAAACAGGCAGGAAGAGGAUCUUAUAGAGGAAGCUAGCUUAGACGAAAGUAGGGUUUUUGUUUUGAGGGUGGGGUUUUUGUUUCACUGACAAAGUUGGGUUCUUGGUAGUGGAAUUUGCACUGAGGAGCCUUUUGACUUCGGAAUUUUGAGAGGGGAAGGGGAAGGACUGGGAUGGGUGCUGACUUGCAUAAUACUUUGAGGAGCCUCUGCUUCAAUACUGAUUGGAACUAUGCUGUUUUCUGGAAGCUUAAACAUCGUGCUCGCAUGGUGCUAACUUGGGAAGAUGGUUACUAUGAAAAUUGUGAGCAACAUGAUGCCUUUGAGAGCAAAUGCUUCAGUCAGACACAAGAAAAAUUGCAUGGUGGGCAUUAUACUCGUGACCCGCUUGGAUUGGCUGUGGCAAAGAUGUCGUAUCAUGUAUACUCUCUAGGCGAAGGGAUAGUUGGGCAGGUGGCAGUCAGUGGAAAGCAUCAGUGGAUCUUUGCUGAUAAAUAUGCUGCAAGUUCCUUCUCAUCACAUGAGUUCUCCGAUGGCUGGCAAAGUCAGUUUUCUGCUGGGAUCAAGACCAUUGUUGUUGUCGCUGUCGUGCCAUAUGGAGUUGUACAGCUUGGCUCUUCGAAUAAAGUUAUUGAGGAUGUUAAUUUGGUGACACGUAUCAAAGAUGUCUUUUUCACCCUUCAAGAUUCCUCAGUCAGGCAUGUUAGUGGUCCAUUACAACAUAGUAUGAAGAAUGCAUUAUGUCCGAAAACAGCAGCUGGAUUGAGAAAUAAACAAGUGCUUGAAAUAUCGACACCAACAAAUGAUGAAAGCAUCAAAUUACUUCAUCUGAGAUCAAAUGCCUCCUAUUUGGAUCACCAGAGUCAACUAGGGAUGAAUAUAAUUAGUGACCAGAUGUAUGGAGGGGAGACCAAUGUCUGGAAAGAUCUGGGCCGGAGAUCAGAACACAAUGUGACUAUGCAUUCAAAUAGUUUUAUGAAGGACAAAGUUAAUCCAUCUGAUCUUAUACUUCCAAAUGACAAGCUUGGAGCUGACCUUGCAGGCAUCCCUGCAGACCUCUUUGACGCAACCAUCUGUGAAUCUGAUGGCACCAAUCUCUAUCCAAAAUUGGUGUUGGAUGCACCUGAAUCUUCAAACAUAACACUCAAAAAGGAUUUGGAGAAGAAGCUGGACCAUCAAGCAGAAUCAACUCAUUUCAAUGCAUCAGACACUUUUAAGUUCUCUGCUGGUUGUGAGUUGCUUGAAGCUCUAGGACCAUCUUUCAUCAACAGAUGUAUGCCCUUUGAUUAUCAAGCAGGAAAGAGUGAAGCUGUAAAUGGUUUUGAGAUGCCAGAGGGGAUGAGUAGCAGCCAGAUGACAUUUGACUUUGGCACAGAGAACCUUUUAGAAGCAGUAGUAGGCAAUGCUUGCCAUAGUGGCAGUGAUGUUAAAAGUGAGAAGUCAAGUUGUAAGUCAGUGCAGUCUCUAUUAACGGUUGAGAAAAUGCCAGAGCCUUCUAUCCAGACUAAGCAUAUCUUCAAUUCAGCAGGCUAUUCAAUUAACCCGUCCUCUGUUGUUGAAGAGGAUGCACAGAAUUUCUCUAACUCAACAGAAGUGUUUGGUGGAAUGUCUUCUAAAGGGUUUUUGUCAACUUGUACAAGCAUCUGUACUGAGCAGUUGGAUAAGCAUGCAGAACCAGCUAAGAACAGCAAAAAAAGGGCUAAACCUGGUGAAAAAUUCAGGCCUCGGCCAAGGGACAGGCAACUGAUCCAAGAUCGCAUCAAGGAGCUGAGAGAGCUUGUGCCCAGUGGAUCGAAGUGCAGUAUAGAUUCGUUGCUGGAGCGCACAAUCAAGCAUAUGCUCUUUCUAGAAAGCAUUACAAAGCAUGCUGACAAGCUCGAUAAAUGUGCUGAACCGAAGAUGCAUCAGAAGGGAACAGAUGCCUCCAAAUAUGAACAGGGUUCAAGCUGGGCAGUGGAGGUGGGCGGCCAUCUAAAGGUCUCAUCAAUAAUAGUAGAAAAUCUAAACAAAAACGGACAGAUGCUUGUAGAGAUGUUAUGCGAGGAGUGCAAUGAUUUUCUUGAGGUAGCAGAAGCUAUCAGAAGUUUAGGCCUGACAAUAUUGAAAGGAAUCACAGAAGUGCAUGGUGAGAAGACAUGGAUAUGUUUCGUGGUUGAGGGGCAGAACAACAGAACUAUGCAUAGAAUGGAUAUCUUAUGGUCACUCGUGCAAAUAUUGCAGCCCAAGACUACAAACUAACCAAGAAGAAAGGCUGGUCAACUCUUGCUGCUCGUCAUACUGUUCCUGUGUAAAAUAGUGAGUGAUUUGUGAUCUUUGAUCUCUGAUUGACCAUUAUUUUUUAUCGUGUGUUUCAAUUCCUGUUUGUAUCCCCACUUUCAAAAAAUCUCUAAAGUGGGGAGGAGGAAAAAGAAGCUAAUAUUUCUGGAAGAGGCUUCUAUUUUCUCGGCUGAGAAUUUGUGGAUUGAUUUCUUAUUUCCAAGCCAGACAGACCUAUCAUUUGUUUGCAAUUUCCUUCGUGUAAUAAUAUAGCGAGCUAUUGGCAUUGUUUGGUU